UUAAACUGUUACUAGAUCUAACUCUGGAGGCUGGUUUGCCCUCCCAGUUAUCAUCAGAGCAGUAGGCAACAGAGUCAGUCCUGUGGGUGUGAGCACAGGUCUUUCAUGAAUCACUGAGGAUAAGCUGUCAGACAGGCAACAAGAUGAGGCUGAAGCCGGUUGUUUUUACGGUGUUACUAACGGUGGCGUUCGCAUAUUAUGUUUACAUCCCGCUGCCUGAUGCCAUCCAGGAGCCGUGGAAGCUGAUGCUGCUGGAUGCUGGGUUCCGGGCAACGAUGCACCUGGCAACGUUGAAGGAUUGGCUGGGCUUUGACCACUACAUCAGGUCUAUCAGGAAGUCUACAGAGGGCUUUGAGGGUAUAAUGAAGGGGCUGCACAGUUCCGAGUCCGGCGGAGGGGUCAUGCCUGGAGUGAAGGUCAGCGACAUCACUUUUGCUGGCAUCCCCGUCCGAGUUUAUGAACCACCGGCGGGAGGGGAGGGCCACCUGAGGAGAGGGUUGAUGUUUUACCACGGAGGAGGCUGGGCCCUCGGCAGUGCCAAGAAGGGGUCAUAUGAUGCCAUCAACCGCAUGGUUUCGGAUGAGCUCAACACUGUUGUGGUCUCUGUUGAGUAUCGUCUGUAUCCAGAGGUGCAUUUUCCAGUGCCGUAUUUAGACUGCCUCGCUGCUGCCAAACACUUCUUGUCCCCAGAAGUUCUGGCCAAGUACGCAAUCGACCCUGAGCGUGUAGGCGUGUCAGGAGACAGUGCUGGAGGAAAUCUGGCUGCCGCAGUCGCUCAGGAGAUUUCCAUAGAUGACACUGUGAGUGUGAAGUUCAGCGUUCAGGCUUUGAUCUACCCAGUGCUCCAGGCUCUGGACUUCAGCACACCUUCCUACUUGCAGAACCAAAACAUUCCCAUCCUCUACCGGUCCCUCAUGGUCCGUUUUUGGCUGCAGUACCUUGGCGCUGACCUCUCCCUGCAGCCCCAGUUGCUGGCAAACAACCACAGCUCCAUGCACCACUCGACCAUCACCCCGGAGCUGAGGGCGCGACUAGACUGGACCGUGCUCCUGCCCCCGAAACACAAGAAGAGCUACAAGCUUCUCGUUGUGGAAAAAGGCUCGCAGGGGAUCACAAAGGAGUUGCCGGGGCUGCUCGACGUGAGGGCAGCGCCACUCCUGGCAGGACCUGAGGUUUUGGCCAAAUGCCCCCGGGCGUACAUCUUGACGUGCGAGUAUGACGUGCUGAGGGAUGACGGGAUGAUGUAUGCUCGGCGCUUGCAGGACGCCGGGGUAACGGUAACCAACGACCACUACGAGGAUGGCUUCCACGGGUGUUUCAGCUUUAUAGUCUGGCCAAUGGACUUUGAAGUGGGGAGGAGGGCGCUCAGGGGUUACCUCAACUGGCUGCAGAAUAACUUGUAAGAGUGUGUAUGUUUUUGUGCAAGUGAAUAAUGGGUGCAUGCAUGUCUGUGUGUGUCCCACUGAUACAAAUGCACUUGCCCUUGCUGCUUUGUGAAUUAUAGACUUGCAAAAGGGCUUGUACAUCUGCACUUUGUGUAAAAAUAUAAGAUCUAAGCUCAGGGCCCUCAUGUACCUGCAUACACACACCACCUUCAGCAGUUUACAGUCUGCUGACAUAUAACAGCAUCAACAUGGCUGACACUGUGACCAGCAAACAGAACUACUUAAUAAAUGCAUAAAAACACUUGACAUGACAGCCACAAGCUUUUCACUGGAGAAUAAAUUAAUAGGAUGAUUCCACUCAUUCAUAUGCACACUGUAAACACAUGAGAAGCAUAUGUCACAAGGGUUGUAAAUGGUUUUAUACCUUUAGAAUAAAAGUAUCCUAACCCCCCCCCCCAAAUCACUACUAAUCUAUUGAAUAAAUCUCCACAAAAACAGGGGAAUUCUUUUCCAUUAAAAGUAUUAAAUUUUUCGAGUGUUUGAUGACUCACCCAGUCAUAGUAAACGGCCAUCUUGUGCCCCCUGCACUACAAUAAGGGGAUGUCUUCCUUCACAAAUGAUGCUGGUACUUGACAAUCACAAAGAUCUCAAUUUAUAUUAUCAUUUCCUCCAUUUUUUUUUUUCAUUUAUCACACACACAUUGCGUUGUAGUUACAGGAUAUUCUAGGUGUCUGAAAAAGCCAUCAUGCUACUAUGAGGGAAAUAUGUGAUUUAAAUGCUUGAAUAGGGAUAACUAUGGAGCAUGAAUGAAUCACUGAAGCAUUCACUUGUCAGUAGCAAUUCCAAAAAGUAUUGGUAUGUAUAUCAUCAGCUCUCUCCACCCAGCACCCCACCCCCUCCCUGCACCUCUUAUCAGCUCUGCUGGGUCUUUGUGUACAUGUAUGAAAUCACUCCUGAAAUGCUGGUAAAGUAACAUACAUGACAUCUGAGGUGCGGGGUGGAGAGAUCCAUUAAGGAUGUCAAUAAAAACAUCAAGUCACAGUCAUGAAGUAUAGCCUGUUCUGUUCACUAGUUGCUUAGUAAGCCAAAAUCCCACCUCCAGGUACACUGUUAAUGCACCGUCUGUGAUGUUCAGUAUGUGUCAAAUGUGUCAAGUGUUUGUUUUUUUUUCAGUGAAUCUGCUUUUUCUGAUUGAUGUUUCCCAGAAAAUGCUCAUCAUGCAUAAAAAUUAUACUUAAAUUCA